GUCGCGCGUGAGGGGGAAAGAGCGGCCUGUCCUGACGUAACUCUGAGGUGGAACACACCAUGGAAGCGUUACUUCACUAUAUCAAUCCAGCACAUGCCAUCUCUCUCCUGAGUGCGCUCAAUGAGGACCGUUUAAAAGGCCAGCUGUGUGAUGUUGUCCUGAUUGUGGGCGACCACAAAUUCCGAGCCCAUAAGAAUGUCCUGGCUGCCAGUAGUGACUAUUUCCAGACUUUGUUUACUAAGAAGGAGAACGAGAAUCAAUCGGUCUUCCAGCUGGAUCUCUGCGAAGCGACUGCUUUUGAAAAUAUCCUGAAUUACAUCUAUUCUUCAUCCCUCUUUGUGGAGAAGAAAAGUCUCGCCACCGUCCACGAUCUAGGCGGUAAACUUGGCAUCUCAUUUCUCACCAACAUUCCCUCGCAGACUCCUCAGAUUCCCUGUCCCUUAAACCCCUCAAAAAAGCUUCGCAAGAUUCUCGAAGAUGGAAAUGCCUGCCAGCCACGGAGUGUCAUUGUGUGCCAAAGUCGCAACGACAUUGAUAAAAACCAUAUUGAUUCCACAGGAAAAGGAGGGGAUUCCAACCAGAAAAAAGGACUGGCAGAGGAAGAUGGAGGACAUGAUUUGAAGUCUUCAUCUUUGAUGAAUGUUCUUCGGGCAAAUUCUAGCGUUGUACCUGCAGCAACAUCUAGAAAUAUGGAUGAAAGUCACCCCAUGGAUGAUAAUGGACAAUCUCACAUGCAUGGGCCUCUAGGUGACACAAAACGUCAUGAUAACUUCAGAUCUUUGGAAGACCGAAACAGCAGAAUGAGGUUUUUGUGGGACAGGAGAAAUUCAAUGAGUGUGGAUAGCACCUCUGACUUUGCACGCAAUGUUUCUGACACUAGGCAAAGUUUAACUGACCUGCUGGUGAAUGGAAACCCUGGAGGUAGGCCACAGCUUUCAGGCGCAUUUUCGUUUCAUGGAACCACAGUACUGCCAUACCCACAGCACAAAGCAGAGCAGGUGGUCAGUGCCAGCAAAGUGGAAGAAAGUAAUCUGCUAUAUUACACCAAAGUGGGACACACAAUUCAAUCACCUAGGUUUCAGCUUAACAGCCAGGGUGUUGUCAACAGUGGCCCUUUGGUGAAAAGUCUCCUUCGAAGGUCAUUGUCCAUGGACAGUCAAGUUCCCAGCUACUCUUCUUCUCUUGAUCUAAAAAUGAACUACGGACCACACAUCUGCAAGCGUGAACCACCUGAGCUGGCUUAUGAUGCUUCAUCCCAAAAGCCUUUGAACGCAGACUCAAUGAAACAGAGGUUUGUAAAGGAUAAACCGCAGGUCAACCAACAUUGUCAACCGAGGCAACAUAGUGUGUCUCAACCUGACACAGAGUCUGCCUCACUACCAAUUACCCUUAAAAUAAAAACGGAACCUUGUAGUCCCGUUUCCGAUGCCUCUGAUAUAAUCAGGGUUACUGUAGGAGAAACAUCUCCAUCUACAAGUAAAGAGUUCUCUGUGAAAAAUGUGGAAAGGAACAGAAGGACGUCAAUGCUGCCGGUGAAGAGGACAUUUCAGACUGAAAAUUCCAAGUUUUCUUUCGAGAAGUCUGAGACUUUCCAGGGAAUUCAGCGUUCUCAGAGUAUGGUGCAAAGGUUUGAGGAGAGUGCAGAAGGUGAUAAUGUGGACGUGUUGAAGACCGACGAAAACAAGGAUGAAUAUUCCGAGUGUGAAUCGGCAAUAAUGGGGAAGCAGUUCAAAUGUAAGACCUGCUUUAAGAUAUUCCGAUCCACAGCGGGCCUUUUACGACAUGUUGACAUGUACCAUAACCCGGAUAAACCGUAUGCCUGUGACAUUUGCCAUAAGCGAUUCCUAACCAACUUUAAGGUUUGGACCCAUUGUCAGACACAACAUGGUGUAGUUAUAAAUCCAUCAGCGGCUACGAGCUCCAACCCUGUUUCAGAAGAAAGGUUUCAAAAGAAACUGAGUGAUAUGGUACGUGAAAGGGAGAUCAAGAAGGCCCUUUUUCACAAGCUACGGCGCAAGCAAGUCUCUCACAGUUACACUGUCCUGCGAUCAGAACAGGGAUACAAAAAGAAUUUGAGAUCCGCGACCAAAGGCGUCUACAUAUGUACAACGUGUGGAAAGCUGUUCCGCUUCCUUUCACGUUACAGACAACACAUGAAGACCCACCCAGGUGAAAAACCCUUUGUCUGCAAGCUCUAUAACAAAAUUUUCAAAUCAAAAGAACAAGGUGUUGAUGAAAGUCUGAGCGAUGGUAAAGAUCAUAAGUGUGAGCAUUGUAACCUGAAGUUGUCUUCAGUAGUGGAGAAGACAAAGCAUGAGAGAAUAUGUAGGAACAUUACUGUAUGUUCCUAUUGUAGCCUUAGGUUUUGUUCCAAAGAACUAAAACAGGAACAUGAAAAUCAGUGCGAAUACAAGAAGCUAACCUGUCCGGAAUGCAAGCGCACUUUUAAGACCUCCUUCAGUAUAUGGCGUCACCAGAUUGAAGUGCAUAAUGAAAAUACGAUGGCUCCUGUGGAACAGUCGAUCUUGGAGGCCAUGCGGGUCAAUGGCGUCUUGCCCAAAGAGGAGACUCUUCAAGCUGAAGUGGAAGAGAAUUCUGUAGCCAGCCCAAGUACCUCAAAGGAAGAUGCUGCGUGCAGUGACUCUUCAGAACCCAUGUAUGUUGACUCCGAAGAUUCGUCUUGCUUUCCUGAGGAUCUAAGUGUCUCCAGUCGCAGAAGCACAAACACUAAAGAUAAUCCAUCUGAAUCAGUUUCCUCGAAUCCCACCCAUCUGGAGGACAUGGCCCCCGAAUCCAACAGUUGUAGUGGAGAUCUGGAAGACUUGGCCUGCAAAGGAGAGCGAGGUCUUUGGCCAUGUGAAAAAUGUGGCAAGAUCUUCACAAUACACAAACAGCUGGAACGUCACCAGGAACUGCUCUGCGCUGUCAAGCCAUUCAUCUGCCACGUCUGCCACAAGGCUUUCCGUACAAACUUCCGCCUCUGGAGCCACUUCCAGUCCCAUAUAUCUCAGUCUGCCAAUCGCCUUGAAUUCUCCAAACCUUCCCGGAGUCCUUCGUCUCAUCCACUCCCUCCCCCACCUCCUCCGCCCCCGCCUCCAGCCCCACCUCAGGAGCAGUGUCCCGAUCACGAACAAUCCUCAAGUCACUCAGACAGGACUGCUAGCCCACAGCCCUCUGAAACACUGUUUUCGCACGCCCCUCCUCUUGCGGCAGCCACAUUUGAAAGGCCCUUCAUGUGCAAAUUUUGCCGUAGGACUUUCAAGACUGCUUUCAGUCAGUGGAGCCACGAACAGACCCACAAUUGAGUUUGAUAUCACCCACUGAUGUAAAUGUUUUGGUGCUCCGCUAGGUUUAUCUAUAAAGGUAACUGGGAGAGCGGUACACUCUGGGCGCAGUCAGGAGAUGGCCGACAUAACGUACAUCUGAUUACAAACCAUUCAAGUUUGUAAAAGGAAAGUUGGAUACGAAAGGUAAAGGAUGAUAUCGCGGAAUAAUGAUUACUAACGGGACAAAGUAAAAUCUCUAGAAAUGUUUUUUUUUAAAAAUCAGCAUACUUGUUGUUCGGGGGCUACUUGGGAGCAUAUUUUUUUAACGAGAGGAAUUCACCAGUUUUACUACACAAUCACUGUUUUAAGUGGGACUGAACUAAAAGUUGCUGAACCAAUUUGUGCAUUGGGAUGGACUUUUUAUUGUGUCUGAAACAUUCAGUAAGGUGUGUGUGGUUGGGGCGGGGGGGGGGGGGAUUUUACAAUAAUGUUAUUCAAGAGAUUUUAUUCUGCGGCCCAUCACUGCAAACGCAAAACGCAACCGCUGGCCUGGUCAUUCCUGGCAGUAUUUUUUUUUUUGCUGUUUUACCGUUUGAUGGAGUGGGGAAAGAGGAUUGUAGCCAUUUAAUUCAAUUUAUUGGUGGGGGGGGUGGGGGAAGAAAGGAAGAUGGAUGACCUGGUCUCUGUACCUCGCUGUGGCUACGCAGCUCAUGGAUUUAUUGACAUAGAUUGGGAUCUGCUGCCAGCCUCGGCUAAACGGUAGCGUGAAGCAGAACCUGUAGCUCAGCCGUCAAACCUGCUUCCCCCGACUAAGCUGGGAAGAUGAUCGUUGGCAACCAGCACCAAGGUGAUUCUGAAAGAUCAUUCCCCAUCCACAACUAGACGGGGGACGCACCCAUUAAUUGAUUCUAUGUGCACUUAUUCAUCUGAUAUUUUUACAGUACCUUGUUUUUAGUUUUUUCUUCUUUUUUUUUUUCGCGGGAAAAAGAAUGCUUCCAUUGUGGUAUGGAACACACCUGGUGACAUUGUAGAAAUCUUACGCUAUGAUUGGGACCAAAGGUAGCGGACAGCUCGGACCGUGUGCGUGUGUGUGCGUGUGCGUGUGCGUGCGUGCGUGUGUGAGAGAGAGAGAGAGGAGGUGGGCUAAAAUGGCAUUGUUUCGUUGUAACAGUUGGGAAUGCUAAAUAACUAAGCAGUUCCUGUGAAAGGAGGAGAGGAAAACAAAAUGAUGGACUUUCACCGACCCACCUAACCUUCAGAGUAGUCUGGUGUUUGUUACUGAGGAGCCGAGCUGAAGGUAGUUACGCUAGGCGAGCUAUGCUAGAAGGGAGUCAAACUGUUACAGUACUGCAAUGCCAUAUUCAAUGUCCUUUAUUUUUGCGAGAAACCGUGUAACCCGGUUUCCUGUGUGAUUUUUUUUCUUUCUUGACUGCUUAAAUAACUGAUCAUGGAGUUGUUUUUACUAAAUUACGGGUGGUAUUACGUAAAACUAAUUGUUAGCAACGCCUACGAAUGUUGGUAGGGGAGAGAAUUGUGUUAUUCAGAAUCGGGGGGUGGGGGGAGAAGCGAUUUUGGAUAAAUUUUAAGUAUUCUGUAAUAGUGUAACAGCAGAGCAGGAAGUGGGACGUAGCACUAACCUUCUGUUUUCUGUAGAAUAUGGUUAGAGGAGGGUGACGGGAGAGAGGAUGGGUAAGUGGCCUAUGUAGUCCUGUUACAUUCAGUGAUUUUUAUCUUCCAAAAAGUACCUGUGGCACCUUCCCAUCUUGACCCCUCCACCGUCCGUGGCCAUUGUAGCUAAUUAAAUUGUUUGGCAUUCUAGUACCGAAAUGUUUGGCCUGUUUUUGGCUUUCAAAUAAGGACCAUUUGGCAGGAUUCCACUCUGAUCUCAGAAUGUACGUACAGGUUGUGGCUGUACCUAUAUAAUAUAAUCACUGACCGUGGCAUUUGACCUAAAAUUUUAAAUCACGGAUGAUUGCUUGUUUAUCCCUUCCUCUCACCCAUUGUGUAAUAGACAAACGAGCCUCAGAAGAUUGAUCGGAAUGAGGUCUGUCUCCCGCACAGUGAAGUUCCAUGACAGUUCCAGUGACAGGUUUAGCAAAUAUUGAUUUUAAUUCCACUGCAACAUUAAUAGUAAU